GUUUUGGCUUGCGGGCGGAGCCGUAGUCACAGCCUCCUCCGGCGUCAGUAGCCGGGAAGCCGGGUGUCCAAACUCCCCGGUAGAGGUCCACGAUGUCAGAGAAAGAAGCCAGGCGGAGCGGAGGCCCGUCGCGGGCCGGUGUGGUGACUGUCGGCGACGUCCAGGAGCUAAUGCGGCGCAAGGAGGAGAUCGAGGCGCAGAUCCAGGCCAAUUAUGACGUCCUGGAGAGCCAAAAAGGAGUUGGGAUGAACGAGCCGUUGGUGGACCUCGAGGGCUACCCCCGCUCAGAUGUGGAUCUGUACCAAGUUCGCACUGCAAGGCACAACAUCAUCUGCCUGCAGAACGAUCACAAGGCAGUAAUGAAGCAGGUGGAGGAGGCCCUGCAUCAGCUCCACGCUCGUGACAAGGAGAAGCAAGCUCGGGACAUGGCUGAGGCCCACAAAGAGGCCAUGAGCCACAAAGUGGGCCAGAGUGAGAGGCACAGCCCUCUUCAGGCCUUCGCCAAAGUGAACAGCAUCAGCCCUGGAUCCCCAGCCAGCAUUGCGGGUCUGCAAGUGGAUGAUGAGAUUGUGGAGUUUGGCUCUGUAAACACCCACAACUUCCAGUCGCUGCAGAACAUUGGCAGUGUGGUGCAGCACAGUGAGGGG